AAUAAACUUUACAUGUGUGCAGAUUUCUACGACCUUGUGGACCCCUAUCCCGGUAUCUCCUCACAAAUCCCAUAUUUUGUCAUCGUUUUGCUACCCCAUCUUCUCUUUCCACCGGUACCUUCACCGGGACUUGCAUCAUUCCACAAAUGUGAUUCCGUUUUCUCUACGUUCUCUACAAAUGACUUCCACCUGCAUAAACCACCCUCACACCGCCCUCUCGCCGGACAAAUUCCUCCAUAUUCCACCGCCAUACACCGCCGGAAAAAUGCAUGACAACAACAAGCUCUCAGAUCUACCAGAAGAAUCAGAUCCAGAACUUUCCGAUAUCGUUGACUUUGAAUUCAGACUUGAUGAACCGGUUAACAUGCUUCCUGCCGAUCAACUGUUCUCCGACGGUAAACUUUUUCCGUUAAAUUUUCCGGUUAGUUCUAGUUCUUCCGUUGUAACGGAACCGGAACCGGAACCGUCAGAUCCACCGGAGAUUAGUCCGAUAAUUAACGGCGUUAGUGUUGUAGAUUCGUUUUUGUACACUCCGAAGGUGCCGAAGUGUUCGAGUAAAUGGAAAGAGCUUCUCGGUUUGAGAAAACUGUAUCAAAAUAGCAGUAAUACGAAGCUAACGACGUCGUCUUCAUCGUCGUUACAGUCUUCCAGUACCGGUAACGGUAACGGAAGUACUGCUAUCAAAUCUAUCAAACACUUUCUGUACCGAAGCUCAAAACCGUCAACCGAUUCAUCGGUUAACCUUCCGUUACUUAACGAUACGGAUAACGAACCGGCGACGGUGACGUCACGUCACUCUCUGUCUUCGUCAUCUUCCGGUCAUGAUCCAGACGAACUUCCUCGUCUAUCUCUCGAUUCCGAGAAGCAAUUGAAGAACACAAACCCUAACCCUAACAAUCCUCCGAGGAUGAAACUGGUGAAAACGAGAACGUUAUCGACCGACGGAUCCAUACGUGGAGUUUCUACUGAAAGUCCUCGAAUGAAUUCAUCUGGAAAAAUUGUGUUUCACAGCUUGGAACGAAGCUCGAGCAGUCCGAGCAGCUUCAAUGGUGGAUGUAGGUUGAAAAACAGAGGAAUGGAGAGAUCAUAUUCCGCUAACGUUAGAAUUACUCCGGUUCUCAACGUUCCGGUUUGUUCGCUUAGAGGUUUUCCACUUUUUUCAUCAUCAUCAUCUUCAUCGUCUCAAAAGCAUGAAGGUUGUUCGAGUAACAGCAACAGCAAUAACAGAGCAAGUAGGAAUCAACAGAUGAACAACAAGAGUAAAACAGAUCGAUCUUAAUCCAGAUUAUUAAACAGGUAAUUAUUUCUAUUUCUGUUUCGAUUAUCAAACCUGUUGAUUAGUUAAGUAAAAUCAUGAAUCAUGAUCUAGUGUUUUUGAUUUUAGGGAUUUUGAAUUGAAUGUAAAUAUCUGGUGUGACUAUUUUGUUGUUUGUUUUGAAUCUAACUUGUGAUUCGGCAUUUGUUUCUC